UACCAGUUUCAAAGAAGUGUUUAUAUCCUGAUGUUGUCACGAAUGCCUUGAGACAGACAAACAGAAGACCUGUCAGUACAACCGCUGCCUCCCCAGACAGCAUUAUUACUGCAUAUCCGAAUACUAUGUUAGUGCAAUAUUUGUCGCGAAAUUAUAUUACAAACCGUCAUACUGAUCGUUCUGGUAUCAUAAGAACAACAAUUUUUAACACAGCAAUAUCUUAAAAUAUGACCAUUGCUUAAAAGAUGUUUUAAACUAUGCAAUUUCACGUAUAAUAUAACUUUUUGCCAAAUUUUGUAGAAAAAAAAAUGAUGUAACUCCAAACUUCAAAAAUGUUUUUGUAUUAACCGGAAAAUUGUCAAAUCUACAAAUAAAAAAACAACAUAAAUCAAAUGAAAUUAGACUGUUAAAAAUAACAUCAUGUACAUUAAUUUUAUUCUUUUCAAGAAGUGGAUUUCUUGCAUUAAUAACACGCCUUUCUAAAAUUUUGUUUUCGUUUAGAUUUAGGUCCCAUGUACCAACGAUCUAUAUUUUGACCUUUCAGCUGUCAAAAAAAGCUGGGACAGUAGGUCCCUUAUCUUAUGUACUUCAAUAGAUGUCAGCUGUUCUUGAGGGCUUUAAAUUCUCCAAUAAACAACUUUGUGAGAAUUAUGGCUGGUUCGGAGACAGCUGUGGAGAAGUCAUUUAUGGAAAGAUAUUUCAAGGAGCUGCAGCAGGUGUACUUGAUGAUGUGAAGAUUUUUCUGAAAGGAUCGUUAAAUGUGAAUAUUAGAAAUGAUCAUGGUUGGACAGCUUUGAUGUUUGCAGCAAGGAAUGGUCACACAAAUAUUGUCAAGGAAUUACUAAAUAACAAUGUUGAUGCCAGUAUGAUAAAUAGUACAGGACAGACAUCACUUGACAUUGCUCUAUUCUGGAAUCAUUCUGAUGUUGCUAAGUUACUUCAAUCUGGAACCAAAGAGGUUAAUCCAGACAUAAAUCUUAGGAACUACUUUUCUCUUAACUUAUUAAAUCGCUGCUCCGAUAAAAGAAAAGAUAAGACUUGGCUACGUAAUAAAAUAUUAGCAGAUAAUACAAGGUUUAUUCUGUUUCACGAGUUAGGUGUUUUAUGUGUGGAUUUAAAUCAUAGAAAAGACAGGUGGAAGAUUGAACUAGCUAGAGUUGAAAUGAAGGAUAUAGAACAAUACAUGGCCAGUAAUCCUGUAUGUAUUUUCCUUGGUCUUAUUCAAGAAGAUCGUCAUGUUCCAUUGACAUUUGAGGAACCAGCACUGUAUGCUGUAGAUAUGAGUGGGACGGAAGAAUCGAAGGUGCUAGACCUGGUUCCCGGGAGUAAGUUUGUACCAGGAUAUCCGGCAGUGAUGCAACUACUACCCUCCGAGGCUGGGAUAUUUGCCGAGGCCAGAUCAAUGCUGGCCUGGCAUGACAGAUACCAGUAUUGUCCGACAUGUGGGUCAGCCUCGAGGCUAGAAGAGGGAGGCUAUAAACGUGUCUGUGAAAAUAUGAAAUGUCGCAGUCAUCAGGGAAUUCACAACACAUGUUAUCCUCGGACAGACCCGUCUGCUAUAAUGCUGGUUAUCUCUCCUGAUGGGAAGAAAUGUUUAUUGGGACGAGCUAAACGAUUUCCUGCUAAAAUGUAUUCUUGCCUUGCUGGAUUUAUGGAACCUGGGGAGACAAUUGAGGAUACAGUACGACGCGAGGUUGAGGAGGAAAGUGGAGUUAUUGUGGACCAAGUAGAGUAUCAUUCCAGUCAGCCCUGGCCUUUCCCUGCAUCAUUAAUGCUCGGCUGUAUAGCUUAUGCUACUACAGAAACAAUCAAGCUUGAUCCUGAAGAAAUGGAGGAUGCACGUUGGUUUGGGCGCCCCGAGGUUGUUCAAAUGUUAACACAUCAACAUCCUCAAGGACUGUUUGUACCACCAGAACAAGCAGUAGCUCAUCAGAUUAUUAAAACGUGGGUACGGAGGACUGCCAACUUAUAGCAUAUUGUCAUCAUUCUGUGAUCAUUUAUUUCAGGGAAUAUGUCAUAUACUGCUUUGUGAUAUUUUCAAUAAAAUGUAUUAUA